AUGACUGCGCAGUUGUGGCCCACACACCGGAAGCGCUGCAAGCUACCCUCUCAGCCGCUGCAAGUGCUUAUGGCAGACUGGGCCUCUCUGUCAACGUGGCAAAAACCGAGUAUCGACAGGGAGGUUCAAAACCGGAUCAAGCAGGCGUCAGCAUCUUUUGGCAGACUCAGGGGAAGGGUCUUCCAGAACAAAGACCUUAAGCUACAUACCAAGGUAGCGGUCUAUUUAGCUGUGGUCAUGACGACCCUCCUCUACAGCUGUGAAGCGUGGACCCUGUACAGCCGCCACCUCAGGAUGCUGGAGGCCUUCCACAUCAGGUGCUUACAAUGCAUCCUGGGGAUAUCCUGGAAGGACAGAGUCCCCCACACUGAAAUACUCUGCAAGACCAACUGCACCAGUGUGGAGGCUACAGUCACCCAGCACCAACUUCGCUGGCUAGGCCACGUUAUCAGGAUGCCAGAAGAACGCUUACCACGCAAGGUGCUUUAUGGUCAGCUUCAUCUUGGUCACCACUUGGCAGGAGGCCCAAAAAAGCAUUAUAAAGAUCAAAUGAAGACUAUCAUGAAGAAAUGCGGCCUGAACCCAACCCAGCUGGAGGACACUGCAGUCCAACGUUCCACCUGGCGGCAGCUCCUCCAACAAGGAGUUCAUAAGCUUGAGGAGGACCGAAGUGGUCAACGAGCCAGGAAGCGUCAAAGAAGGCAUGAAGCCAUUGCCACACCUGCACCCCCAGUCAGUGCCUUCACCUGCUCUGUUUGCGGCAGAUCAUGUGGAUCACGGAUUGGACUAUUCAGCCACAUGAGGACUCACAAAACAUAG